AUGCCUAACAGUCAGACAGUGGAACUAUUCACACUAUACGCUUUGGGCGUUUCCUUUACGAUUUUACGAACAUAUGCUCGAAUUGUAGCUGUGGGCGUUCGCGACCUCCGCGUAGACGAUUACUUGAUAUGGCUUGCAAUCCUCAUUUACUCCGCUCAAUGCGCUCUUGGUUAUAAUGUUGGAUUCGCGGCUCAUGGACUUGACAACAGUGGCAUGACGCCUGCGCAGCGAAGCGCACUUUCGCCUGAGGACGCGGAAUACAAACUCAGGCUUAUUGGUGCCAAGAUCCAGGUGGCAGGUUGGACUUCAGCUUCCUGUCUGCUAUGGACACUGAAGCUCUGUGUCGCAUUCUUCUACUUACGACUUCACGAUGGCCUUACGCGAUACAAAAUACGUAUCUACAUCGGAAUCGGUCUCAUUGUCACGACAUUCAUCACUCUCAUCAUGACAAUCUACCUCUCAUGUCGACCAUUCAACCAUUACUGGCAGAUCAGCCCUGACCCAGGAAACGCAUGUCAAGCGGCAGUAUCAAAGCCAAUUAUCUGGGUCAUGUUCAUCGGAAACGUAUCAACGGAUGUCUAUCUUUUCGUAGUCCCCCUCCCGAUGCUGUGGCAGUCGAGCUUGAAAACCUACAAAAAGCUCGCUGCAACGCUCGUGCUCAGCGGGGGUAUCCUCAUCGUCGUCUGCGCGAUAUUGAAGAGCGUGUUCGUUCUCGUGGACCCCGUGCACGGCGGACAGCUCGCAGCCGCGUGGGGCACCCGCGAAACCUUCAUCGCCGUCAUCACCACGAACCUCCCCAUGGUCUUCCCUUUGCUCAAAAUCUGGCUCAAGCCUUGGCUCCCGACGACCCUGAAUUCUUCCAGCAAAGGCCGCGCCUACAAGGCGCACGGCAGCGGCUUCGUCACCAUCGGCGGCGGCGGCGCCAGCGCCUCUGGCCGCAGCCGGCCAGGUCAACAGAGCCGCGACGCCAGCAGAAACAUGACCUUCGACAAUGAGAGCGAGGAGCACAUCGUAAAGGGGGGCACUGCGAUACCGCUCCAGAGCGUCGGGGGCACGCAGCGGAGCCUGAAGAAGAACGACAUCAUGGUGUCUACGCAUGUGACUGUGACGAGGACGGAUGCGACCAAGGACGACGCCAGUAGCCAGAAGAGUGGAAAGUCUUUCUAA